AUGGCGGCUUCGCUUCGUUCUCUCCCUGUAAGCUGUAAUAACAAAUGGUAUUAUACCCGACAACAAAUCGAAAGCAGUCCAUCUCGGCGAGCUGGGCUUGAUCCAGACAAGGAGCUGUCCUACAGACAACAGGCGGCAAACCUCCUUCAGGACAUGGGACAGCGGCUCAAUGUGUAUCUUUUGUCAUCUCAACUAACAAUUAACACUGCCAUUGUGUACAUGCACCGGUUCUACAUGAUCCAGUCAUUCACAAGAUUUCACAGAAAUGUUAUUUCUCCCGCCGCUCUAUUCCUUGCUGCUAAAGUUGAUGUGGAA